UCAAGUAUCAGCUGACUGGUUUGUUUUGCUGUAGAAUCCGCAGCAGAUAGCAAGGAAGGAAUCGAACGACAUCAAAGGAGUAAAAUAACUUGUUAUUCUUACAAAAAAAUUGUCUUGGAUCGCCCAACAGUUUAAAUCUACUUCGGCUGAAAUAUAUUUACAGGCAUCUUUUGCCUCAUUUACGAAACAGUUUGACCUGCGUGAAAUAUGCCUUCAGAGAAGACAUUCAAACAAAGGAGGACAUUUGAGCAGAGAGUAGACGAUGUGAGACUGAUCCGAGAGCAGCACCCCAACAAGAUCCCGGUCAUCAUCGAGAGAUACAAGGGAGAGAAGCAGCUGCCCAUCCUGGAUAAAACCAAGUUCCUGGUUCCUGACCAUGUCAACAUGAGCGAAUUGAUCAAAAUCAUCAGGAGGCGCCUCCAGCUGAACUCCAACCAGGCCUUCUUCCUGCUGGUGAACGGCCACAGCAUGGUCUCCGUGUCGGCAGCCAUCGCUGAGGUGUACGAGCGCGAGAAGGAUGACGAUGGCUUCCUCUACAUGGUGUACGCCUCACAGGAGACCUUCGGAACCGUGGCCCGCCAGUAACAGCCUCCCACCACCACGCCAGCACUCGGACAUUGAUACUAUCUACCCCCGAUCCUUCGUUCCUAAAUACAGACCUAUCCCCCUGCCUUCCCUCCAACCCAACCCAUGCUUGCUUUACAACCUUAGCCAAGACAAUAGGAACCAGCCAACCUCUUCUCCCAUGCGCUAAAGGGCCCCUUAUAGAUAUUAAAAGCCCUAUCCUGCACCUUCUCAUACUCUGCCCCAUACCCAUACAUUCAGUCAUGUGUUUAGGAAAAGGGAUGAAAUCGUUAUGUUUGGGUUUGCUGUAUAGGAUGGAUUAGAAUAGCAGAAAUUAUUACCAGUUCAGUUUGAGUUCGCUCGCACUAGACUCAAACAUUUUACAUGUUAAAUCCCUGCUCGAGUCCAUCACGGUUGAGUUCAGAUACAGCAAACCCCAUCUUUUCUUUUCCACUGGUUGGGUUUGCUAAACUUCAAUGAACUCUGUCUUUUGGAUGAAGCUUCAAUCACAACAGCUACUGAGGAAUUUUGUAACAGUUUAGUUGAAUCCAGUUUGACUGACAUGGGAAAUAUUACUGCCACAACAACUUGUUUCAUCAUGUGGUAAAGUCUCCAGGAUGGGUAACUCAGGCCAAUAGUCUUAACCGCUGUGACAAAAUUACUGUUUCUAUUUCCUCUUUAGUCUUUGGCCAAUUCUAGGCAAACUAUAGUUAAGGCUAACAUGUUAAUGUGUGUUCAGUUUAGCAUUCACCUCCCCGUGUGUCUUGAUAAGGGUUAUGGGUUCAGAGAUAAUUUUACUUUUCUCCUUACUGAAAAUUAAGGUCCUUUUUCAAAUUUGUUUUUAUUUCCCUGCUUUUGUAGUAAAUGUCUCCACAUAGAAGAGAUGUGAGGGACUCCUAGUUAAAAAGAAAAAAAUGCUAUGCUACCGAAAACCUGCUAUGAUGAUUGUAAUAAGAUAUUUGCCUCUGUGUGUACAGAUAUUGAACAAAUGAAAGGAGUAAUCAACUGACCUUGAACACUAUGACAGGAUAGGACAUGAUGAUGGAAUUGCACAUGUGUGAAAGGGUCACUGAUGUGGGAUCAUGCUGAUGCCAGAAGUAGGGUGUGGGGUUGGUGGCCAGUUAGGACUGGGCGGGCAUCAUAGGUGGGCAUCAUGGGCUGGAUCUGUCCACCAACCAACCCUCCAUCUCUCCCCCUCCUAGACCUAGACCUGCCCUAGGGCUCUGGACAGAGCUCAUCCCUGGGUGGCAUCACUUUUAGAAUAUUAAAUUUGUUUAAUAGAGAGUUAUUUACGCCUUUAUAAUGUGUGCUGACUGUUGUUCUCUUCCCUCUCGCUGUCCUUUUCCCUCUCGCUGUCCUCUCAACUGUUUAAAGGUUAGAUGCCUUUUUAUGUCAGCAUUUUUGACAGUUAAUCUUUCUUUUGUUUUCAUUCAAUGUGAUUUUACUUCGUUGUACAAAUGUCCAUAUGCUAUACUUGUGCAUAAUGAAUAAGAAUAAUUCUAUGAUCAGUUUGAUUGAGGGUUUAAUAAGAGGAAUGGUACAGUUAUCAACCCAAUGUUCCUCUGCAUUCUCCUAUGUUUGCCACUCUGUCUUCAUAUUUACAGCAGUAUUACACAACCGUUUCUUGUAUUUAUGUUGGUAUUUUAUGAAUAAAACAAACAAAAAACUA